AUUACCUUUUAUUUUUUUCACUGUUUCAUAUAUUAUAUUCAUUAGAACAAAAUUCUCAAAGAACAUCUUAGUAACACAAAUAAAAGUUUUGAGCUUGAAUAAUAGGCUCUAAAUCGUCGGCACUUGAAGUGAUAGUAAAUAAAGUACCUUACGAGUCGUACGACGUACGGUACUACUAUUCUCAAUAGCUGCGAGCCUCGUACACCUAUUGAGUGUAGUACCGUGUAGUGUAGUACUUGUAUUAUUUAUUAAAAUAACUGUGCCCCAGCUUAUAAUAAAAUCCUUGAAAAAUAAAUUAAUUUUGUAUUAAAUACGUAGUAUAUAAGUUCCUGAUAUAAGUACAUUUUUUGGAUUAGCUCUUGAACAAGUUUUCUGUUAACUGAAGUUUAUCACAAUACAUGAAUGAAACCGCAUCUUAAUAGAUUUUUUCUGAAACUAUUAUAUUGCUUUCAUCUUUUGUACCACAUUUUGAGCAAUUAAAGAUAUUUGAUUUGAAUAAGACUGCUGAAAAAGUCGAAUAAUUAUAUUUUUGGCUACCAUGUAGUUACUAUUUGAAGUCUCAUAUAGUACAUAAAUAUUUAUCUUUAAAAAUUUAAUUGCUUGAAUAGUUUUAGACUCAAACGAAAAUGUUAAAUAUGCAUGCAAAAAUAAUGCCUGGUCAAUUGGAUUUAAUUUGAAACGAUUCCUAUUCUCUUAAGUUUAGCAACACAAUAAUUGAAAAUUCAUUGUAUUAGCCUUGAGUGUGUCAUCCCAUAGGAAAAAUGCUGAAGAGAGUAUGAAAAGUAAAAAAAAGAUGGAGGAAUCGGAACAAAAUCAGACGGAUAUCAGUAACAUGGAAUGGGUGAAGAAUAAACUGCAGACAGUUUGGAGCUCUCCGAAGUUCUGCGGGCUGUGUUUGGAGAGCCGCGGGAACUUUUGCUCCGUUGAUAUGGAGCUCAUGAUCAAUAAGCAAAACUUCUCGAAAUGUUUACAAGAUAUCAUUAACUAUGUUUUUAAUGAGGAUAUUGAGAAACUAAUGACAAGUCAUGACAUAUGCGAUAGUUGCACAGAAAAGACUAUUCAAGCAUACAUCUUCAUUCACAAUACAAAACAGCUCUCGAAAAUCAUAAACAACUGUGUCUCGGACAUCUACUCCAAAGUAAACGAUAUAAACGAACAGUUGGAUGAACAAACAUCAUAUGAGAACUCCAAUGUCAUGAUAGUACUUGAAAAUGAUACAGAUUUAUACCAAACUAUAAUUGAUAUGAAAUCUAUGACAGAAAUUAUACCUACAUCACAACCAAUAGCAAUGAAAGAGAGUGUCCUUCAUAAAGCGAGUUUUAUUGAGCAAGCAUUACCUAAAAAGGCGAUUGAAGAACCAAAGAAGGAUGAUAAAGAAGUUGUUAAAAUGAAAGAAGAGAAAGUUGUAAAGGAAAAGAAGACACCGGUGACACACUCUAAUACACCUAAUAUUUAUCUACAGCAAGGUCAUAUAGUUGUUAAACCUCUCAGUACUGUCAGAACUUCAACCACAGCGCCACGAUUCAAUACCUAUGAAUGUGCAGAUUGUCCCGACAUCUUCACAACUUAUAGAUCUUUGAAAGAACAUGAAAAAGCAAAGCAUAAAAAAUCCGUAUUCCAUUGCAAGCUUUGUGACAAAUCUUAUAAUACAUUACAAUAUUUAAAUAUUCAUUAUAAAACUCAUGCUAAAGCUCGCUGUAAACUUUGCCAAAUUAUUUUACCUGAGGAAGAAUUGAUGGAUCAUUUACGGCAACACCAUAAAAAUUUGGUGUAUCCUUGUAAGUUUUGUGAACUAGUAUACUAUACCCAAGAAUGUCUAGACACCCAUUUUAAUAUUAGCCAUCUGGUAAACAACACCAGAGCAAAAUCUCAAUGUAUUAUGUGUCUUAGAAACUUCGUAGAUUCGGAAUUAAAGAAACAUAAAUGCAAGUUUGCGUGCUCGGAAUGCUUUGUAAUGCCCUGCGUCCACUAUAAGUAUCUGAUGUCAUAUCGGGAGCAGUUCCUAAGUCACGUGAAUAAAAUUAAAUGCGUAGAUUGUGAUUACGUAACGAGACGAAAAGAGCAUUUGAUAGGCCACUCCAACCGGGAACAUUUAGACCACCAUCCAUUUACAUGUGCAGAUUGUGGACAACAGUUCUACACGAAAUUGAGUUUGAAAACCCACUUGGUGCAGUUCCAUCAAGAUAUGCACUGCCCUUACUGCGAUUAUGAAUUUAAAGAUACGAACACUUUGGAAAACCAUAAGAAAGCUUGCAAAAAUGUUAUCAGAGCGUUUGCUUGUACACAAUGUAAAGCUUCGUUUGAUGUGUCUGAAGAACUGACCAAACACGAGAACUUAAUGCAUAACGAUGGAGUCCACGCUUGCAAGCUUUGUAAAGGCAGAUUCCUGACUAACAUACAGUUGCAAGAACACCAUGCGAGGGUUCACGGAGGCAUACAGUGCAAGAAGCGGAGAAAACAUAUCGAGUGCUCUCUAUGCGAUAUAAUGUUCAAGACAAUCAAGGAAUUACUUCAACAUGAGAAAUUACACAAUCCAGAUGACGUGUACCCUUGUAAACUAUGCUCGAAGCAGUUCAAAUCACUUAGGAAGCUAUACAUUCAUAACCAAAGACAUUACACGCAGAGGACGAAAUGUUCAGGAUGUAAUAAGAAAGUAGCUUCCUCCUUCUUUGCACAGCACACAGUCAGAUGUCCAUACAAGAAUGAAGCAGUUUUGAGUCACGUUUGUGAAGUAUGCGGAAAGUCAUUCCACCUGCAAUCGCUACUUCGUUUCCAUCAAAGAGUCCACUCAGAACCAGUCAAAUGUCCGUACUGCGAUAAAAUGAUAAAGCCGACCAGCUUGAAGAGGCAUCUAGAACAACUGCAUCCAGAUAACUGUGUUAAAGUUCCCACUGGGCCCUCCAAACCUUCUAUAGAAUGUGAGUUAUGUGGGCAUGUAGUUAGGAAAAAGGUUGAUUUAGAAGCCCAUAUGAAUCGCUAUCACUUUAAAAUUAAACCUUACGUCUGUCAUAUUUGCAGUAAAGACUUCUGCGGCAGAGUCCGCCUUAAAGAGCAUAUCGCAACCCACACUACAGACAAUAGCUGCUUCUGUUCAGUCUGUGGAAAGAAAUUCGCCAACCGUGUCUGCUUAAAGAUGCACUUUAGAAUGCAUACUGGUGUAUUUCCGUAUUCAUGUGAUAUUUGUGAGCAGAAAUUCAGGUCUUCCAGCAUGAUGAAAACUCAUAGGCUAAAACAGCAUUCGAAAAGGACAGUGAACUGUCCCUUAUGCGAUAGUAGAUUCUUUAUGGUUCGUGAUAUGAGGCAACACUUUAAGAAAGCGCAUUGGAAGAUCAGAGACGGGCGGCCUUUUGACCCCAGCGAUGUUCCCGAAUUACCCAAGGAGUAUUAUCAUCUAUUCGAGGACAGAAGACUGCCGAAAAUAUCUUAAAUUGUUGGAUUUGGCUGCUGUAACGCACAAAGAGUUCUCUGCACUGUAACGUUUGAGAAAUAUCCAGCAGCGGGGUCGGCUACAAUUGCAUACCCCACGAUAUUUUUCGCAUCGUCUAAAUGAACCUUAAUAGGUCACAUAAAUUUUCUUAAUCAAAUCCUCUGAAGGUUUGGGCGCUUAGUAUGAGCUUUCUAGUUGUUUUGCCGUUGUGGAAAUGAGAUACAGCUAGGUAAUAAAGUGAGCUAUAUCGCAUCCUCAAAGACUAAUUAUAUCCUGCUUUAAGAGCCCAGAGUCAUGAAAUGUUGCGCCGACCCCAAAUAAAAUAAUUGGGAUAACGGCAGGGGAAUGAUGAUGAUGAUGAAGAGCCCAGAGUCGAGGCAAUAAUUAAGCAACAUCUCUUAAUUUAUUUCUUGUUAUUUUGUAAUAUUUUUUUAAGACGUACAUUGUUACUUAAGCAAUUGAAUAUGCUAUUUAAAUUGUACUAGUAGUAGUAAUUUGAAAUACAUUUUCCAAUUAUUAUUUCAUUCAUUUGUACGUUUAAUUAUGUAGUGCGACAGUUACAGCAUUUUAAAAUAAAUCAUGUUUAUUUA